GUGACGGACGGGACGGUGCCGCGCCUCGCCGUCCCUGCUCCCCAUCUCUCCCUGAAACUGGAAGAUUAUCCACAAACACAACAAUGAAGGAAUUUUACGCAUAGCUCCAUUUUACGCACACAUUCACAGCGUCGCUUUUGGGUAUUUUAUUCCCCUGCAAAAAUGGCGACGGGGGCAGGCUGGCAGCCUCCGUACAACACCUCGACUAGCAGCUCCAAAUACUCCCCCUCUCCCACAGCCAGCAUGUUUUACGACGGGAGUUUGACGCUGGAUUACACGCAAGACCUGCAUCUGAAGAUGAGCAAGAAGAUAGCACAGCUGACCAAGGUUAUCUAUGCGCUCAACACCAAGAACGACGAACACGAGGAAGAAAUCGAGUCCCUGAAAGAUGCCCACGAGGACGAGGUGCAACACAUAGUGACAGAAACCAGAGAUAAAAUCAUGCAGUACAAGAGCAAGAUGGUGGACGAAGCCGACCUGAGGCGGCGGCUCGCCAGUCUGGAGGAAUCCGUCGAUCUCCACGAACACAUGAAGAGACAGGCAUUAGCAGAGUUUGAGAUGUACAGACAGAGAAUGGAGGACUCACAGCUCUGCACUGAAGCCCAGCACACACAGAGAGUGGUCUCUAUGAGCAGAGAGGUGGAGGAGAUGCGUCGGGAUUUUGAGGAGAAGCUGCGGGCAUUCAGCCAGGCUCAGGCGCAGUUUGAGGCGGAUAAACGGCGGGCGCUGGAGGAGCUGAGGGCCACCCACCGCCAGGAGGUGGAGGAACUCCUGCACAACCAGCAGAACCAGAGCGCCUCGUCCACCGAGGACCAGGAGAAACUGGCCGAGCUGCAUAGACAAGAGGUGGAGGCGCUGAUGGAGCGGGUGGAGGAGAUCACGAAGGAUAAGGUGCGUCUGGUGGAGGAGUUCGAGGGGAAGCUGGCCAAAGCUCAGGAGUAUUACGAGCGCGAGCUGGAGGCCAUGAGGAGAACGCACCAGCUCACCACGGAGAACCUGCUGGCCUGGAAGAGGACGGAGGUGGAGCUUCGUAAGGAGUUCCAGGCUCAGGAGGCGGCUCUGCAGCGGUCGCUGGGCAAACUGAGGAGCGAGCUGCAGAAAGCUCAGGAGGAGGCGAGGGAGAACCGGGACCGGACCAACCGACUGCAGACGUCCCUGGCCAACGCAGAGGGAACCAUCAAGAACCUGCACAAGCAGCUGGAAGAGGCCAUCCAGGAUGGAGAGAUCUGGGUGAUGCAGCUGAAGGACACGGAGUAUGAACUAGAGGGCAGCAGGGAGCGGGUUCAGCAGCAGGCCACUGAGAUCCUGCAUAAAGCCAGUCAGAUCGGCUCCCUGCAGGCCACCCAGAUGUCCCACGAGGCGACCAUCAGGAACCUGGACCAGGAGCAGGGCCGCCUGAAGGAGAAGCUCAGCCGGCUGGAGGAGGAGAGGGAGGCCGUGCUGAACCAGAGCCAAGCCUGCAGCGAGCAGCACAAACAACAAGUGAUCAGACUAGAACAGUCUCUGCGCGAGGAGCACCAGGGCUACGAGAAGGAGCUGUGCCGGCUGCGGUCGCACUACGAGGAGGAGAUGCAUCGCUUCAAGGAGGCGCAGGUCCGAGCGCUGGAGGAGCUGGAGGGGAAACACCAGUCCAUGAGGGAGGAGGCACAGCAGGAGAAGGAGGAUGAAAGGAAGAUACUCAUGAAUAAAAUGUGUCAGGAGUUUGAGAUCAAGCGUCUGUCGUUGGAGGAGCAGCGGGAUCGCCUCCAGCUGCAGCUCGACAACCUGAAGGAGGAGCUGUCGGCCAAACUCAACAUGGCCAAUCAGGAGGUGUCCCAUCUGCAGGAGCUGGUGAGGGAGGGGGAGCAGAACAUGAACUCGGCUCAGACUCAGAUCAGCUGUCUGAGGGAGACUCAAGACAAACUCAGGAUAGAGCUGGACGCCACGAGGGCGAGAGUCCGUGAGACCAGCAACCUGCUGACCGACCUGCAGGAGGAGAUAGAGACCCAGCGGCAGCAGCAUGACGCCAGAGUGAUGUCCAUCCGAACAGAAGAGAAACAGAAGAUGGACAAGAUGGCAGACGACUUGGACCAGAAAUGGAGAAAUGCACUGCGGGAGGAGGUGCGAAUGUUAAAGGAGGAGCUGACGGAGGAGUACGAUGCAGACAAACAGGCGGCGAUGAAUCAGGUCUCGCAGCAGAAAGAUCUGGAGAUGAUGGCGUCGAGAGAAGGCUGGCAGAGGAAGGUGGAGGACCUGCUGGAACAGAUCUCUCUGCUGAAGCAGUCCCUGGAGCUUCAGCUGUCUCAGUCUCAGUCCUCUCUGCAGCAGCUGCAGUCUCAGUUCAACCAGGAGAGGGAGCUCCUCAGCCAACAGCUCAAAGAGAUGCAGAGAGAGCAUCAGAGGAGAGAGCAUCGACUACAUGAGGCUCACUGCUGCGCACUGAGCACCAUGGAGGAGGCCCGGCAACACCAGAUCAGGGCCCUGGAGGAGCGUCUGAAGCAGGAGCAGAGGGAGGAGGUGCACGCUCUGAAGGAGGCACACCGGAGGACCUUAGACAUCCUGAGGCAGCAGUCCGACCAGGAGCUGCAGACGCUGCGCUUUGAGCUGGAGGACGAGGGCAAAGCAAAGCUGGCGUCUCUCCGUGCCGAGCUGAACCACCUCCACGCUACAUCCAUAGAGCAUCUGAAGCAGAUCCACCUUAAGGAAAACUCCUCCGCCAAACGAGAGCUGGAGAAAGCGAUGGAGCACAGCCACCAGCAGGAACAAGAGCUGAUCGUACGCAUCUCAGACAUGCAAGCAGAGCUGUGUUCCCGUAGCAACCGCAUCACCGACCUGGACCACGAGAUCCACUCUCUGAACGAGACCAUCAGCACUCUGACCCGAGAGCUGGAGAUAAAGGGCAAAGAGGUGCUGCGGGUCCGCAGCGAAGCCAACCAUCAGAUCAGGGCUCAUGAACAAGACCUCUCAAAGAGACAUGAGAGGGAUCUGGGGGAGAUCAGUAUAGUUCAUCACAGAGAAACACAGAUCAUGCUGGCCGACUUCAACAAGGCCCAGGAGGUCCUCAAAGACAAGAUCACUGCGCUGCAAAUCCUGUUGGAGGGGACAGAGGAGAAGUUGAGACACAGAGAAAGCCGACCGGAAGACCUGCACGUUAUAGCGGAGCUCCGAGAGAUGGUCACCGAGAGAGAAGCUCUAGUGAAAAAGCUGGUGGACGACAAGAAGUUCUACCAGCUGGAGUUGGUCAACAGAGAUACGGGCUUCAGCAAGGUCUUCAAUUCCAGUGCCAACGUGGGUGUAAUCAACCCUCUCAUCAAGCUCCCUCCUCUUCCUCCUCCUUAUCUUCAUCCUCCACUUCAUCCCAUGUCAAGCCUUGCUCUUCCUCAUGCUCCUCAUCCUCAGGAAGCUCUGGUGCAGCAUCAGGGCCCGCAAAGCGUUAGGAGCCUUCCUGAACCCAACGCCACGACACCACCCGACCCAUCGGGGGGGGAGGCCGGAAAAAGCCUCGAGUGCGUGGUAAAAGAUGAGGACCUGUACUCGCAGUACUUCACGUUCUGACUGGCACAAAAUAAAUCUGUCAAAAAAAAUGAAGGUAAUGGGGCAGAGAGCUAAAGCUGGACAGCAAACUGUAGGUUUAGAAAGUCAUUUGGACGACAUUAAGGAAUAUCAUCCGUCCAUCGUGUGCGGGACUGAGUGUGUGCUUCAGUGUGAUUGCAACCUUAGGGCUUCCAUACAUGGUGCGCAUGAUGAGUGUCCCAUCAUGAAAGUGUGCAUGGUAGUAUAUAUUAACACUUUUAUACCGUCUGCAAAGGUGCAACACAGGACAUUUGUAUGAGCUUUAGGUUGGGAGAGCUAAAUACCUGUCAAAGUAUCACACAUAUUAUUUCAUGUUAUAUACUGUGAGGAUAAGGGGUGUAUGAAUAGCCUUUAAAAGUUAUGACCAUCUUUUCUAUCGGUAUGCACAGGCAGUAUGAGAAAAAUAAAGACCUAUCUGAACAUUAAAUCAUGGAGGCAUGUCAACAAGCAAAAUAGGGCCUCUUACGGUCAAGACUUUCAAAAUAAGAGCCAAUUAUUAUUCUUAAAGACUGUGUUUAGUCAUUCUCUAUGAAAUAAUAUUCCCUUAUGGUGUUUGUAACAGAACUGGGUACUAAAGCUCAUACAAAACUGUCACAAACUGUGUUGCAGUGAGUAUAAAGUGGACACUAGUAACUGUAGAUUAAGAGGAAAUGUUUUCACCUCCAUGUAAGUUUUUUUUUGUACAUCAACAUGUGUCUUACACGCUGUUAUCUGACUGGAAGUUCAGCCAGGAGAAAGUUUUUGCCUUGAUACUCGCCUUUAGUCAUUCAUGCUGUCUCCCCAUGUGAAAAUACACAGAUUCAAACAUGUAUUUGUGAAAACAGGAAGAACCCUGCGGUUUCGGGUUGUUUUUUUUACCUAGAUAAACUACAGUACACCACAAUGACGACACCAGCAAAAUAAAAAGCCUGACUUUAGCUUUCUGUCCCAAUACUUCGACUGUGUACAGUUUACGUUUGAAAGUCAUUUUCAAAUAGCUGAGGGGCGCUUGAUUUACCUCACCUAUGGAGGGCGGAACAUGGAGAGGAAGUGAAUCAAGCACCCCUCAUAUUUUUGUUAUUCCAAUAUUUAUAACAAGCUACUGUUUUUCUACGGUCUGUUUGUGUUGGUGGACGAGAGACGUGCAGAAAGAGAUCUGUCAGCGACAUGUUGAACGUUUUUUUGAUGCCAAGGAGUGUUUAAUCAGACACUUUAUUUUCAUUACAAGCAAUGUGUUCAUGUCGUUGACUGAGGCCUCCUGCUGUGCGUCCCUGCAGGUGAUACAGACCUUAGAGCAUGUGGAAACAGAAACACUAUCAUGAUGCUGCUGUCACUCACUUGAAAUCCUCACGUGUUCAGUUUUUUGGUGUACUGUCUGUUUUCUAACUUGAAAGUUUACAUCGUUUUUGUGUCAUUUUCAUGACUUGAAGUCCAUUCAGUAUCCUGUACAGUUUCCAGACUGCAUGGUCACCUUCAGCCAGAGGAAGGCUGUUUCUUACUUACUGAAAAUUGGACAGAGAAACGUGAGGUUUGAGAGGUUUUACUUCCUGUUUCAAAGACAACACAAACCGUUUUAUCACAGCUCGUCUUCCAUAGCUGAAUCCACUAAAAGCCUCAAUGGUUACAGGAAGUGUUUUAAUUGUUUAUAUUCACAAGUAUUUAGAAACGCUUCAAUAAAACAAUGCCGACAGACCUCCUAAACACUAAAUACAUAUACAGGGUUUUGACGGGUCAAUUCCAUGUCUUAAAGAUAAUUUCAUUUGUUAUAAUGUGUGAUUAUAAUGUAAUCAUAGUGGAGUAAAAAUAAGGACUUAAUUGGUAUCAAAAUACCUUUUAUUUUAAAAGGCAGGUUUUGAUGUUGCAAUUUACUCAAAUAAAUUGGUAACAACUUUAAAAACAAUUACAAAAAACAGGUCCUGAUAUCUAAUAGCAUUUGGCUAAAUUCCAUUCAGAGUCGCAUUUUAAAAUCUAACAUAUGUAGAAAGGACAUGUACUUACCUUUACAUUAAAUUCUGAUUAAUGACUUCUUUUGGUUUUAAAGAGACACUGCCAUUUUCUGUGUGGAAAUUAUCAUAUGUUUACACUUUAACACCAGGAACCAGUAAACCAAUCUGCUCAUCUUACUGCAUUUGAAAUGACAUUCAAACAUAUUACAAAAAAAAGAAACACUUCCGGAAACCUGGUUGACACAGAUCCUGUGUGUCAUAUAAAGGAAAGGUAAUCCUGAUGUCCACAGCUGAUAUUACAUUGUUUAGUUGUAAAUAUUGACCUGUAAUGUCCUGUAAUAAAUACAGAGGAUGAUAUGGGAUCCAUGCGCACUGUGAAGAAUAUAUUUAUUCAAAUGAAUAUGUUGAUAUACUGACAGUUUACGCUCAAACAUCUGCAUCAGACAAUGCACAAGUGUUUAGUUUCUUAUUAGCGAUUUUUAAUUAAUGCAUUUUCUCACAAUCACACGUCGCACAUCCUGGAGGCGGCCCUGUUUCAUAGUGAUAAACUCAAACCACAAGGUCCAUCAAAUCGCUGUGUUGGAGCUUUUGAUUACAUCACAUGAUCUUCGUCAGCCGAUGGAGUUUGCUCUGUUAAUCUUCUCUUAUUUCCGCUUUUUCCCUCUUGCACUUUGAUUUUUUAUUGUACUUUGUUGUCCAUGUUGCCUCAAAAGUUGAGGUUCAAACUACACGUGUAAAAUCACUUGUGAAAUAGCAAAAAUUUGAAGUAUUUAUCUUUGUUUUUCCUGUUUUCUCCUGUACAGUUUAGGGAGUUAUUUAUUUGCUUUCCUCAGCUGCUUUUUAUUUAUUUCCAUUUUAAUUUACCGCUGAGUUAAAGGUGUUUCUCACCAUCACCUGAUCUGUGUCUAUUGUUACCCCAAAUUGUUUUUUUUAAUGUUGUAACCUUUCAAACUGAACUGCUUCUCAAAGCCUGGAGGAAACUGGAAAUGUGUUUUAUUUUAAUACUGGCAUCAACUUACCAUAAGUGAACCAUAGAAACUUUAACUCAUUAAAUCUGAAUUGUUUGUUAAUUUAUUUUUACGUGACGAUUUGCUGAUCAGGGUUUCUUUCACUUCACUUUCAACGCAGAAGAACUGGAGGAAAAGAUGACAUCUUUACACUUUAGGAAAUAAACUGAAAUGUGUUCAGUUUGUAUUUGAGUUGAAAGUGAUUUGAUUACAGCUUUGUGAUUUAUUAUUUAAUGAUGUCUGUCUUGUCUUUUUUGAAGUAAAAAAAUAUAUAACAAUUAUAGCAACGAUAUUUAUUUAUAUUUAUAUAAUUUCUGUUGUAUGUUAUGGAACAGUAAAAUUAUGAUUGUGAGAUAAAGCCUUCUGUCGUGCUCUUUUGUUUGUGUGUGUGUGUGUGUGUGUGUGUGUGUGUGUGUGUGUGUGUGUGUGUGUGUGUGUGUGUGUGU